CGUAAAGUAUUCUGAUUUAAUUGCUAUAUCGAUCGCGAUAAACUUUAGUUUUUAGUUAUGUACGAUUGUGAGCCCAGAAUUGCCUUAAUGUCAGUUCAAUUGCCGUUGACCUUAAAAACAUUUUACUUUACUAGGUAGGGAAAGCAAACGCCCUCGAUCAAACUACCCAUUUCUUACUGAAUGGUUGAUUGUCGGAAUAAUCCGCGGUCCCUAUAGAGUAUCUAAAACUUGAAUGCUAAUCAAAAUGAGAAUUAAGGUUAAAUUACAAUUUGGCGUUGUAUAUAGUACAUUUUAACAACACCUCUGGGAAAAGUAGAUGUCGUUAAUGGUUAUUAAUGUCAUUUUUCGCAUUGUGAAUUUCUUUGUGGUGACAAGUUUAUGACCAAUGUUUAUUGCCGCUUUGGUGCUAUUGUUGCAUGCUAUUGAUUUCACACUGAUCCAGGCAAUCAACAGGAUGACUAGUUUUCCCAAAUGACCGAUUCUCUUUUCGAGGUCUGAUCACUUAGCCAUCCCUUCAAUUAUAAAGAAAAAGUGACAAUCGAUAGACAAAAGACUUCCUUUAAGUAAAUAUGAGCUGCGCGCGUGUCCCUGCCGAAACCACCGACUUCGGUCGUAGCAAAACCCGCACGCUAGAUCCUUGCCUUUUCAUUCCGAAACUCAGCGUCUCCGAUAGCACUUGGAACUUGAUAGUAUUCUCGGACCGUAGACUCUGUAGACUGAAUUUGUGGUAGAUGUAAAAUCCUAUAUCGUGUGGGGUUCAAUGCGACUUUUGGCUAGUAAUGGGUUACGUUUGUCAUCGAUGUCCGUGCAGUUGGGGUUGGUCCUAUUUAACACCUUUCUAGUGGCCAGCUGCAGAGGAAGUGAUGGACAAGUAGUCUGGCUGAUGACUCCGAAUGACACGCAUCGGGUGAUGGAAUCAAAUUCAACCUUGACCAUAACCUGCACCUACAUUUUUAGAGAUGAUGUUGAAAGAAUGAACAAUCUUUCUUGGCGAUGGGAAUUGCCUACCUUUCUCGCUAAUUAUCCGCAAGUAAUGAAAAUCGACGAGCGCUUCAGUAACACGUUUGAUGCUAACGACACUCACAUUUCCUCAUCAAUGACCCUGAAAAAUAUCACCAACCAAGACACUGGCUAUUUCCGGUUUUAUUACGGUGAAGCGGAAAUGAGUCAAUACGUUUACGUAUUCGAUAAGAAGAACCUCGUCACAAUCACCGACAAGAGUUACUAUCCGAAUUAUUAUUUAUUCUUCUUCCAUCAAGGUGAAUUGGGGGUCCAAAUUCCAUGCAAGCCGACCCACCCCAAUGUUACCGUUUCUCUCGUUCACGUCGAUCAACUCAACGUGGAAGACACAUGUGUCGACGAUGUGCUAUCUGAACCGAAUACUAAAUGGUCGUUCGAUCCCGAACGUGGUAUGACUCUAAAAAGCGUGAGAAUUAAUAACACGGGAAAUUACCGAUGUGUUGGCACGAUGGAAAACGUCACCACCGAGAAAUAUUUCACAAUCAGCGUCAAAGGAAUUGAACUGGAAAGAGUUGAUGAUAAUACGGAUGAUCCGCCGGAAGGAAGUAACGUUACCUUGAUUUGCCGCUCUAUGUUCGCGGAGGUCAAAUUUCCAUCGCCCCCGGAAUGGGCCUAUCAGAUUAGCAACAUAGGGAGAAUGCACAUCAUAAACGAGUUAAAUCCACCAAAAGGUAUUCAAAUAACUACUCGAGAUUACAGCAAUCAAAGGAACAGCGGGGGAUUCAAACUAAAUUAUUUCGAAAGCCGUUUAGAACUAUUUGAGAUAUCUCAAAAUUCUUACACCACUUUUCAGUGUAAAGUUAACAGAGAUAAGGACACGGUAACCAAAAUUAUUUCUUUCAAAAUUAAAGAUAAAAGUAACCUCCCGAUAUCUAAUUUUGUCUUGUUCCGUGAAGUAGGAACAGAAACGAUUUCCAUAAUUGCGUUCAUUUUAUCUCUAAUGGUAUUGUGCUUGCUUGGGAUCGGCAUCAGCAUCAAACUCCAUUUUAAUAAGAAACGCAAAAAAGUGUUUCCUGGAGUAAAGAAACUGCUUGAAGGGAAUCCGAAAGAAAUCAAUAACAAAUUACCAAUGGACGAACAAACUGAACUGUUACCAUACGACAAGCGAUGGGAAUUCCCAAGAAAUCGACUAACACUCGGGAUUCAACUGGGAGCUGGAUGCUUUGGCCGAGUUGUCAAAGGAGAAGCUGUGGGAAUCAAAGGCCCCGGUAAAACUGUCAAAACGGUGGCCGUCAAAAUGGUCAAGUCACAAACUAACGUCGCUGCAAUGGAAGCCCUCAUGAGCGAAUUGAAAAUCCUUAUCCAUUUGGGAUCUCAUCUGAAUGCCGUCAAUUUACUUGGCGCUUGCACCAAAAAGAUAUCACAAGGUGAAUUAUUGAUUAUUGUCGAGUAUUGUCGGUUCGGGAAUUUGCAAGCUUACUUGAUCAGCCACCGAAAUAGUUUCAUUAAUCUUGUAGACCAGUUCGGAAACAUGCGAUCACAUAAUGAAAUGGACUACGACUAUACUUCAAGUAGCGACUAUUUCGGCUAUGGCCUAAAACUCGAAGAUAACCAACAACUUCAGCCUCAAAAUUCAGUUGAAAACCAGUGUCAAGGUUUAACACCGGUAGAACCGACAGAUAUUCAGCAGGAACAGCAAUCUUAUUGGCAAUAUCAACAAGAUCCAGAUGCCAGUUUAAACCGGCCUAUUUCUACUCGCGAUUUGAUCUCUUGGGCUUACCAAAUAGCUAGAGGAAUGGACUACUUGGCCAGCAGAAAGGUCCUUCACGGUGAUUUAGCGGCUCGAAAUGUUUUGCUGGCCGACGACGGAGUGGCCAAAGUUGCAGAUUUCGGGAUGGCCAAGAAAAUGUACUACGAGGGCAAUUACGAGAAAACAGGACAGGGAUUGAUGCCAGUCAAAUGGAUGGCCAUCGAAUCCUUGACGGAUCAUACCUUCUCCAGCCAGUCAGAUGUCUGGUCCUAUGGUGUUCUUCUAUGGGAACUCUUUUCCUUGGGUAAAGUUCCUUAUCCAGGGAUGGAUGUUGCUCACCUACUCAUCAAAACAAUUCAAAAGGGAUACCGUAUGGAAAAACCGGACACCGCCCCAAAUUUCUUCGGAGAAAUUUUGACUAAUUGUUGGAAAGUGGACCCGAAAGAGAGGCCCACGUUCAGCCAAUUAGAAGAGAAAAUCUCUGGUCACAUGGAAUCGACCGUCAGUUCGAAUUAUUUGAAUUUGAACGAAGCGUAUGCAAAAUUCAACGAAGAGAAAGACAUGGCAACUCCAACCGACCUUUUCGGAUUGGCGAAAUUGUUGGCUGAAAAAUCGCAGAUGAACGAGAAUAAGUUGAAAUUUAACGACCCAUUGCAUUGUCAGUCUACCGAAAAGGAGAUUCGAUAUUCUCUGUUUCCUCAGCGAACUUAGAAAGGACGGCAAAUGUGAACAUGACAGAUUCGAAAUAAGUUGCCGCAUAUAUAAGUUAUUCUCUUAAUAUGUUUUAUCCGAACCGUUAUUCCAAGCCGAUACUAUUAGGCGCCAUCUUACUCUUUUUCUUAUAAGACUAAAUAUUAAUUUAGCGGGCCUACCAUAAUAUCGAAUUGUAUUCUUCCUAAUUAUAUGCUUUCUUUAUUUGCAAGUUCAGUUUCAGAUUACCUGAAUAAAGCUAUUCAUCUUAUCUUACGUGAAGCAAGACCUCACGGAUUUCAAGGAUAACAAAGUUCUGCGUUUUUCUGCAUCCGGCGACACAUUGGUUAAAACGUACAUGUUAAAUUGUGACAUAAUUACUCAAUAAGCUUUGCGGCCAAGCUACUUCCCGGAAAGAACAAGGAAUUGAUUGAACUAGAGUAAUUGGAAAUUACUGUUGCUAAACACUAAUUUAUUUUUCAUUUAUUCAACUUUAAGUCAGAUUUUAAAAGUAAUUCUAGAACAUUUUUUGCGUGAAAUAUGUCAAGCAAAAGAGAAAGUCAAGCCUUAGGCUUUAGAUGCCUUAGGCAACCUGAAUCCCAAGGUUUGAAUGCGUGUUAUUUCUUUUCCCGGGUCUCAGGCUUCAGUGUUGUUGUUUAUUCCGAGAGUGAAAGUCUGGACGUGUCGGCUGUGAAGUUUACAGAAAACUAUUCAUAUUUAAACUUCAUCUUUUAGGUGAUUGCUGCAAAACAAACAAAGG